AUGUAUGGAGUCCCUGUUGGAGUCAACUUUAAUAAUCAGUAAACUCAUAAAACAUAUUUUGGAGCUAUUAUUUCGUUUUUGGUUUUUAUUGCAUCAAGCUUAUCAUUUUACUAAACAGGACAAGAUCUCUUUUACAAAAAUAAUCCUUAGAUAAUUACUAGUGAAUAAUAUGUUCGCAACCCACAAAGAAUGAAUUUUGAUAAAAAGUAAUAAACCGUAAUGAUGGGCUUUAGCACAACAUAAAGCAAAUAUAUUUAUGAUCCUUCAAUAAUUUAAGUAAAUGCAACAUUAUCAACUGUUAAAAAUGUUUAUAAUGAAACUAGCUAAUCUUAUUACAAAUAAAAUUAAAAAAUUCCUUUAAGAAUUAGAGCUUGUAAAAUAUAAGAUAUUUAAGUUGAAAAAGUCAAAUCCUUUUUUAAUCUUCUACCAUUAAACUAAAUGUUUUGUUUUGAUGACAACUAAGAAGUUUUUAUAGAAGGGGAUUACUCUGGUGAUAUAUACACAAGAGUGGAUGUAGUAUUUAACUAAUGCGUUAACUCAACUCUCAAUAAUUCAGUUGUAUGCUAACCUUAAAAGCAAAUUGAUAUUGCCUUAUCAAAUAUUAGCUUUUUGGUUUACAUGAUAGACAAAAUAGUAGAUCCAAGUAAUUUCUAAAAUCCUUUCGAUUAUCAGGGAUUCAAUAUUUAAACAUAGGCAUCAAAUUAAAAUCCAAUUCAGUACACUAGUUAUUUUGAAAAUUACUACAUAGAAUCUGAUGUGGGUUUAAUUUAGAAGGAUGUUUAAAAGGAAAGAGAUUUCAUUUUUACUGGAACAGAUACUACUAUUAUGUACAAUAAUCCAAACCUUGUAAUGAAAUUUACUAUGAGACCAUAUAAAAAUAAGCAGAUCAUAAUGCAGAGAAAGUACAUGAAAUUUACUGAUUUAUUUGCUUAAUUAGGUGGUUUACUUAAAUUUCUAUCUAUGAUUGGAUUUGUUAUAUCUCAUCCCUUUGCUAAACUCCAUUUGAAUAAAGAAAUUAUAAACAGUGUAUUCGAUUUAGACUUUCUUUAAAGGAAUAAAACUGAUGAUAUCAAAGAUAAUGAUUGCGAUGAUAAAAAUAGUAAUUAAAAGAAUUUAAUUUCUUUAAACUAAUAAACUAUGUUAAAUUUAUAAAAUGGUAAAAAUUAAGACUAAAUUUUGAAGUUUGAAGAUAUGGAUAAGAUUUCAAGUAUAUAAGAUAAAAAACCAUAGCUGAAUGCAUAAACUAGUAAAAACCAAUAUGGAUUUUCAUUAAUAAAUGAGAGAUCAAACAUACGUUGUGAAGAAUCUCCAAAUUUUAAUCUAAGAGCAUCUAGAUUUACUUAAUAAUCAAUCUAGAGUUCUCCAUAUAGAAAAAAUUCUAUAGCAAAUAAGAUAUUUAGUUAAUUAAAGGCUGAUAGAAUAAUUUAAAAGCAAAGAAGCAAAUCUUUUAUCUAAUUAGAAAGCCAAAAUCAGUCAAUUUGCUAAUAAGCUGCUGCUGAAUAAGCAUAGUUCUUAGAAUAAAUUCUUAAAAAUAUCUAAAAAUUAUUAAAUCCUAUUAGAAAUAUUAUCAAGUUAUCUCCAUUUUAAUAUAUUUCUUACUUCUUCUUUAGAUACUCCAGCAAAUAAAAAGUAAACAAAGCAUUGAUAGAAGAAGGUAUAAGAAAGGUUUAAAGCAGAUUAGAUAUUUAACACAUCUUACAUAAGCUUCAAGAGAUAGAAAAGUUAAAGCAAAUAGUUCUGAACGAAGAUUAAAUUAAGCUAUUCGAAAUUUUACCCAGACCCAUAUUAAGUAGCAGUCAGACUCCUAAAUAAAAUUAAUAGUAGAAUUAAUUCUACAACACUGAAAAAAAAUCAUAUGAAGAAAAAGUAGACGACGCUUAUAAUAGCUUAAUAAAUAUAUUAAACAAAACAAAAAAAUCACAAAGGGAUAUCUAAUUAAUAUAAUUGUUAGACAGUAACAUAUACAAAAUUAUAUAAUAAUCAGAACUAGGGCAAGAAAAGAACUCCAUUUUGAAAGAAGAUUUCAGCAAAUUCUACCAAAAUUAUGAACAAUUAGAAAACAAGAGUUAAAUGAAUAUAAAUAUGUUUCCAAUAUGCAAAGAACUAAAUUUAUAAAAAUUUGAAAGCUAAAAAGAAGAUCUAGAGCAGAAUUCAUACAAAACAGAACAUUCUGAUGAAGCUGGAAUUUAAACAGAUAUUUACUUUAAUUUUCCUCAUUAAUACAAAAAAAAAUCACUAAACAAUUCUUGA